AUGGAAAAUACAUCAAGUCAAAGGGAUGAAUUCUCUGCUGCCCAGGGAAAUGAAGACAAUUGUUUUAAUAUACCAGAUGAGUUUCUUUCAGAAAUACUGAGUAACCUGGAUGUCAAGAGUCUGUGUCAGAUAAAUCAGACAUGUAAAGCCUCCAAUGAACUUCUGGAGAACAAUGACCUGUUAUGGAGACGACACUGCCUGGCUCUAAGAUCUGUCUGUCAGUCUGAGGUUGAUGAAGAUCGAGAAAAAGGAUUUACAUGUCAGGAGACUCUGAGACGCAACUACAGCAAACGUGUAAUCAAACAGCAAUGGCUGGAUGGCAGGUUCAGUAAUAUCUCUUCCUAUUCAGAGCUGCCACAGAACUCCAUGUGUCCACUGAGUGUGAAAUCCUGGGGAGAAAUAAUGGAGGCUGAAUUCAGAAGAGAGACACGCCAAUGA